AGGUCAAGGUUGAUCUCGAUAUCUAUCACAACAUUGCACACACAGGUGGAGAACUAACUAGUUUCUUAAUCGAAGCCCACAAGUGCAGAGAUAACUUACUCGGUCGGUUCUUCUUCCUCUUCUUCUUCUUCCUCCUCGUACACCUCUUCGCUGUGGCAUCUUGGUACUGCUGGUACUCCGCCACAAGAUCAUUCAUGUUGCUCUCGGCCUCGGUGAAUUCCAUCUCAUCCAUACCCUCUCCGGUGUACCAGUGCAAGAAAGCCUUUCGCCUGAACAUGGCAGUGAAUUGCUCGCUGACCCCCCUGAACAUCUCUUGGAUGGAGGUCGAGUUACCGAUGAAAGUGGAAGCCAUUUUCAGUCCCUUAGGCGGCAUGUCGCAGACGCUGGAUUUGACGUUGUUUGGAAUCCACUCCACAAAGUAGGAAGAGUUUUUGUUCUGAACAUCGAGCAUCUGCUCGUCGACUUCCUUGAUGCUCAUCUUCCCGCGGAACAUGGCUGAGGCAGUUAAGUAA